AUGCCCGGCUUCCGGCCCAACAAGGUGCUCGGCUGGAUUGUACCAGGCCUGAUGAUCAGCUUUAUCACAUUUGGUUCACGAUUGGUAUUCAAAGAGUUAUGUCCCUUUAUCAUUCAUUUUCUCGAAAUGAAAUUGCUGGGAAGAAUUUAUCAAGCUACUUUCACUAUCGCAUUCACUCUCACGGUAGCCCUUUAUCUUUGGAUACUUUUCCAACCGCGAACACAUUCCAGCCCUCCCAAACAGAUACCGGAAGCAAUCAAGCAGAAACUGAUUGUUUACGAAACGUCCGAUUCUUCGGGGACUCCAUCGAUCUGUAAUAUAUGUCAGGGUCGCCUGAGGCCGCUCCGUUCUCGUCACUGCCUUGACUGUGGAACAUGCAAGACUGGGUUUGAUCACCAUUGUGUGUGGUUUGCUCAUUGUAUCACUUCCACUACUACCCUCAAGCCAUUCAUCCAAAUUCUCGUCCUCGCUCCAAUGGUCAUUCUCCUGGGCGCUGUACCAGCGAUGCCAAUUAUUCGAUGGCAAUUGAAAGAGGUAGUCCGACUCACCUGGUCUGAAGGCCCGAGCGGAGAAUUCUUGCGUACAAUCUGGUGGAGUAGAUGGUGGGGAUGGGCAGGUGGUCCAGGUUGGAGGUAUGCUGGUGGUGUUGGUCUUGGGUACUGGCACUACCACUGGAUCCGAAGUCAAUACGAACCUGGCUCUCAGACAGAUGAAAUAGACAUGGAAUUUAAAAGCUUGCGUCAACCGACGCUGUCCUUGCUCAUUCUCCUUGCUUUUGCAGUGCUAGUCUCUCUCGUUGCCCUGUUAAUGCUUAUGACGAUCAUUCGCGAUACUGUGUUCCGGGGAAGAAAUACAAUUGAUAUAGAACGUUCAAGACGAUGGACGUCAAGGGGUGACCAUACAUCGACAUCAUGGGACCCUAGAGUUAAAUUGUGGAUUCCUGAUGAAAGUAGUGUUGGACAAGGUAAAGUGGUACGAAUCGAUCCUGAAGAAGAUGUGUUCAAUAAUGGGCCAACUCAGAACUGGCAGGAUUUGAUGGGAGCUCAAAUAUGGGAGUGGUUUGUCCCCUGGAUGACAUCUUCUCCAUCAAACACACCCGGAUGUGAAGGAAUAGAGUGGCGCAUUAGUUCCGAAUGGAUGCAUAAAUUGAGAGCAAGGGAAACAUUGGAGUCACCCAUAUCUAUCUGA